AUGGAUGAGGACGACGAGUUGACUGAGUUCUACCCGCUCGACAGUCUGGACGAGGAGCCGCAGCCGCAGCGGCAAUCCGAGGAAACGCCUGUCAGCAGCCGCCCGACGGUAGAGACAAACGGACCGUGGACGACGUCUCGCGAUCAAGUCGCGCUGCAGUUCUUCUGGCAAGGUUACGACGCCUACGUGACGUGCAAGGAUAAGGAGAGUGUAGCCCCGUGUUUCUACAAUGCUCAGUGCGCGGGCCAAUCCUCCGACAACGAAUUCGUGCAUAUUAUGCCCGUGGACGAGGUGCGGGAGCGCCACAUCCUGGACGAUAUGCGCGUGCAGCUCGUGUCUAUCAGCUCUGGCAAAUAUCUGCGAGCCACACACGUCUCCAAAUACCUCAAAUGGUCUCGCUCACGCGACGAACAGACGGUGUUUGUGAUCCAGAUUUCCGACCGCAAGCCACUCACUCCAAGCUCCAAGUUCACAUUAACCAGUUGCUUCUGGCCGGACCGCGCCGUCGGAUUCACACAGGCCUUCCCGCUUGGAGGCGGUCGCGAGGUCAACAAGGCUAUUGGGUUCUUAACAUUAGAGAAGAGGAAAAACCAGGCCCCUCUAUUAUUUCCCAUCCGCUUCAGAGCUUUGUUGCGCUCCCAGCGAGAUGAUCGAGGGUCUAUGAUGAUGCGGAUAGAGUGA